AUGUUAGAUAAAGUAUCUCAUGAAAAAUCUAAGAAAUGUGCACAUAAUAAAGUACGCUCUAAAUCUAUUUCUUUUUUGUUAUUUUUUAAAAAAAAUAAAAAAAAAAAAGAUUCACCUAAUUAUGUGAGUGCUAUCGAUAGAAAAUCUUAUUUUCAAAAUUCAGAGGAAGAUGAAAAAAAAGAGAUUAGUGAAAAGUCAAGCAUAAAAAUAAUGGAAAAUAGGAAUAAUGAAAGGCCAUUACAAACAAUACAAAAAAGUGAAAGUUUACUAAAAAAUGAAAUUAAUGAGAAUAUAAAUGAUCAUAAUGAAUUUCAAAAGAAAGAUUUUCAUUUAAAAAAGAAAAGAGAAAGUUUUUUUAAAAAAAUUAAUAUAUUACAAAAAUUUAAGAAUUACAAGAUAAAAAAGACUACUAGUACAUUCCACACAUUUAAUGAUAAAAUCUCUUAUUCUGAAAAUUAUAAUAAAAAUGGAAAAUCAAAUAAUUUAGAAUAUAAAGAGAAUAAUAAUAUGACUUCUGAAUUUUACAAUAACUUAAAUAAGAGCAAGAGUUAUAGUAUAAAGCAUGAAUUUAACAGUAUAAAAUCUAAAGCACAAAGAUUAAAAAAAAAAAUUAAUUUAAAAAAAAAAUCAAAAAGCAAAUUAAUGUUUAACAAGGAUUACAAUAGUGAAAUAAUUCACAAUGAUAAUAUGGUAAUUAUGUUAAAUGAAGCACACUCAAUAAAAAAUAAUUUUAAAAGAGAAAAUUCAUUGGAAUACGAUGAAAAAUCAAAUAAUUAUGAAUUUAAAGGAAAUACCUUUUCUGAUAAAAAUAACAUUAGUAAUAGUAAUGAAACCAUUGAUAAAAGUAAAAACAAUGAAAUGUGUAGUGAUCUUUUAUACAAGAAAACGAUAGAAAAUAAUAAUGAAUAUAUUAUGAAUUCUAACAAAAAUUCAAUAGAUAUCAAUGAACAUUCUAGCAAAGUAAAAAGAGAAGAUUUUAUAAUUUCUUAUGAUAAUAAAAGUUCCCAAAAUUCCAUUGAUAAAGCAAAUGCCAAUUUAAAUUAUAAAUUCAACUGUAUGAAUGAUAAAAAUAGUGAAAAAUACAAAAGAAUAAAAGAAGAUAGUUCGAAAAAAAAUAAUGAUCAAAUGAUAAGAAAUAUAAAACAUAAUAUUAGUAAUAAUCUAAAUAGUAUUAAUAAUUUCUUAAUAUAUAAAAAUAAUGAAAAUAUCCAUCUAAAUGUUAAUGAAAAAAUAAAUAAAAUAGGAGAUAAAAAAAAUGAGGAAUUUAACUGUAAAAAAGAAAGAAAUAUAGUUGAUUUUCCUAAUAAAAAAAAAGAUAUAUUCGAAUACGAAAAUAUAGAAAGGACAUAUAAUGAUUCUGUUUAUAAUUUAAAUAAAACAAAUAAUGUUGAUGAAAAAAAUUUCUUCAUAUGUAAUAAAUUUGAUAAAGAACAAACUAAUGAAAAAGAAAUUAUAUUAAAAUUGAUGUAUAAUAAUAAUGGUAUUUAUUUUAAUAAAGAUGAGCACAUGAAUAGUUCACUUUAUUUUGAGGAUAAAAAACCCAAUUAUGAAUGUAUCGAAAAAAAUAAAAAUGUAGCUUCAUCUGAAAAUAUUAAUAAGAAUAAAGAUAUAUAUAAAAAUACAAAAACAACUUUCCAAAAAAAAUUACCUAAAAACACAAAUAACAAUUUUAACAAAAAAUUUCAUAGUGUUAAUAAUUUCCAUAGAGAUAAAAUACAAGGAAUAAAUACAAUCACAAAUAAUAGUGGGCUAAAUAAAAAUAUUAAUUUAAAUAUAUUAAGCAAAAGUUAUAAUAAAAAUAUGAAUAGACAUUUUAUUCAAAGUGUUAAUAACGAUAGUAAUACAAACGAAAUAAAAAAUAAUUUGCAUAAUGAUUUUUUAAACUUAAAAUAUAAAAAUAGCAGUAGUAGUAAUAUAAUAAAAAAAAAUAAUCAAAAUGACAUAAGUAAGAAUGAAAAUUUAGGUGAAGAAAAAAGCAGUAUAAUUAGUAAGUAUUUUAUUAAUCCUUUAUAUAAUUUAUUCCUACAAUCAAGAGAAGAUGUAGUAGAUAAUUCAAAUAUUAAAGAAAGUGAAAAAAUUGAUUCUUUUAAAAUAACAAAAAAUUAUACUAAUGAAUUACAAAAAACAUAUAAAACAAUGUAUGAUAUAUGUGAUUCAUCAUAUGCAAAUAAUCAAUGUUACGGGAUUAAUAAUAGGAAGUCAAAUGAAUUACAAUACAUUAAUUCAUACAAUAACUAUAAUUUAAAUUCUUGUAUGACAAAUAAUAAUUUAAAAUCAAAAAAUUACCUUUUUAUCAAUAAUAAAAUAAAAGAUGAAAAUGAUAAAAGAAUAAAUUAUUUAAGUAAUUUUAAUAAAAAUAUUGUUGAAAACAAAAUCAUACAAAAUGAUCAUGUUAAAAAUAUUCCUACAAGUGAUAUAAAUUAUCUAAACAAAAAUGCUCAAAUUGUUUAUUUAGAUAAUACAUAUUAUAACAAUGAUAAUUUUAAUUCAAAAAUUUUAAAGGAAGAGUAUCUUAAAUGUGUUGAAAAUAGAAAUUACAGUUGUAUUAAUACAGGAAAUAUAAAUCAUUUUAAUACACCAAUAAAAAACAAUUCUAUAAUACUAUAUGAUAAUUCAUCCAUAAAUAAUGGUAAUAAAAAUUGUUAUAUUAAAAAUAAUAUUACUGAUAAAAGUAGUAUUUUUAAUAAUAUAUUUACAAAUAAUAAUAAUUCAACAAAUAAUAAGGUAAUCAAUAAUUAUGAAAGUAAUGGAUUAAAAAAAGAAUGUGCAUCUGACUGGCAUUUUAGUAAUGAAAAAAGAAAUUAUAGUGGGAAUAAAAAUUCACAUAUAUACAAUAUGAAAAAUUGUAGCAAUCAUACUAAUAGUAUUUUAAUAAAUCAUAUAGAUAAUUUUAACGAUGACAAUCAGAAAAAUUUUUAUGUUAAUGAUUUUAACUUUCAAAAACCUUUUAAUAAUUUAAGAAAAGAAAAUGAUAUUAAUGAAAAUAUUAAUUAUAAUAAUAACAUAAUUGGGUAUAAUGGUAAAGUAAAUGAUAAAAUGCCAGAAAAUGAUGAAUACUUAAAAAAAUUCGUAUAUUUACAAAAAAAUAGACAAUUAUUAAAUAAAAAUUACUCAAAUUAUAAUUGUGUUUAUUCAUCAGAUCUUGAAUCAAACCAAAGGUAUGAUAAUAAUAUUAUUCAUAAAUCAAGAAAUGAAUAUAUGAAAAAUAAUUUCAGUUCUGACUUAAAUGAUUUAAAGAAUGAGAACAAUUUAACAAAAUUUCAUAGUUUUUCAAUAGAUCAUAGUAGUAUUUGCCUAUCAAAAGAUAAAAUGAAAACGGAAAUAUCAAGUGUAUUUAAAAAUAAUCAUAAGCAUAAUACUAAAAGAACAAAAAGCUUAAAUCAAAUAAGAAUGUCUAAUUUUAAUCCUAAUAGCUUAGAUAUUUAUCAAGAAUCAUAUAUAAAAAGCAAAAAUGAAAAUAAUAACUAUAUUAAUUGUAAUAAUUGUAAUGAAAGCAGUUAUCACAUAAAUCACGAAAAUAUGAUAAGAAGAGAUGGAAAAUUUUUUAUAAAUAAUAGUAAUAAUGAAUUAAAAGAUUUCUCACAAAAAGAUAUUAUAGUUUAUUCUAAAGAUAAUAUAAUUAGUAAAAAUUUUAAAAAUGAGAAUAAAUAUACUCAACAAAGAAAUAAAAGUUGUAAAUUAUUCAUUAAAAAUAGAGAUAGUGACGACAGUAAUAGUAGUAAUAUUAAAAAUGACAACAAUUAUAACAAUGAGACUAUUAUAAAAAAUGAUAACAUUCCAUAUGAAACUUAUGAAGAGGGAGAAGCCUUAUGGUUGAAUAAUUAUACUCAUAUAGAAGAAGAUUUAUAUGGUGAAAAAAAUAACAUGAUUGCUAAAGAUGCUGCUGCAGAAAAAUACAAUUAUUUUAAUUCAUUAAAUAUAAAAAAAAAUUCAGAUUUUAUAAAUAAUAAGAUAAUAUUAGAAAAAAAUAAAGAAAAUGGGCUCUAUAAUAUUGUAAGUGGCUUAUCUGAUAAUUUAAAAAAUGUAAAAGAAAAUCAAGAAGAUAUUUUUAUAUCUCAUCAGUAUAAUUUAUCUAACGAUAAUGAAAAAGCAACAAGUGAAAAUGAUUAUCUUAGAAAUGAAAUAAUUAGAUAUUAUAAUAAAAUAAAGAAGAAAAAAAAUUAUUAUAGUUCACUAGAAAUUAAUACAUAUAGUGAUAUAUCUCAAUGUGAAAAAUUGUAUAGAAGUGAUUACAUUUCACAAAAAAAAAAAAAAAAUACAAAAUUAAAGAAAAAACAUGCUCAUGAAGAAAAAAGAAUAAAUAAUAAUACAAAUAUAAAAUGUAAUAUGGUUAAAAAAGAAAAUUGCACCCAUGAUAAAUUAAAAAAAAUGGAAAUGAAAGAAAAAGAGAAUAAAAAAAUUAAGAAUACAACCUUAAAAAAAAAUAUAUCUAUUGAAAAUAAUAUAGUUGAAAAGAGGAUUGAUACAAAGAGUAUGUUCCGAAGCUCUUCUCCUUUUAAAAUUGGUAAGAAUAAUUUUAUUUAUAAUAGCAUAAUUGAUAAUAAUAAAAAUAGAAAUAUAAAAAAUUUAAAUAUAAAUAAAAUGAAAUCAAUAAAAAAUAGUUGUAAUUUUAAGGAGGAAAUGGAUUAUAAAAAGGGUAACAUCAAUCCUGGUAAUUCUAAACAAAUUUAUGAUUCAUCAAAAUCAAAACAAACAUGUUCAGAAGUAAAUAAAAGUAUUACAAAAGAAAAAAAUGGAAACAAUGAAAUUAGAAAGCACGAAAGUUAUUCUAUAUUAGUAAAAAAAGGAAAUUAUAAUUCUGAAAAUGGGUCUAUAGCCAAAUUUCAUGAACAACUAAAGGAAUAUAAUGAAUUAAGAAAUUCUACUAAAAAAGAGAAUACGAGAAAUAUUAUAAAAAAAAAAAAGAAAAAAAAAGAGAUAAACCAAAAAAUUAUAGAAAAAAUUGUUCUAACAAAUUCUUCUAAAUCUAAUAAAAUCGAAAAAAAGAAAAAAAAGAGAAAAGGAAUUUUAUACAAACAAAUAAAUGAAUCAAAUGCUAAUUUAAAAGAUAAAAGUGAAAUAAAUUUUUCUGAUCAGAAUGACUCUAUUUUAUCAAAUAAAUGUGUAAAGGAUAAGUUAAAUACAAAUAGUUCUUUUUUAAAUGAAAAAUCAAGGGAUUCAAUACAUGAGUGUAGUAAUAGAAAUAACAAUAAUUUGACAAACAUAGAAGAAGAUAGUAUGUUGUAUAAAAAUUGUAAUAAAAGAAUUAUUUACUUAAAAAAUGAAAAGAUAAACUCUGCUUUAAAGAAAAAUGAAUUAUUAAAUUUACCUGAAAUUUCCUUUUUAUAUAAAGAAGUUAAAAUAAUGAAUCAUAUAUUAAGUAACAUUAACAAUUUUAAUUUUUUAAACUCACUUAAAAUAAGUGAUUUAAUUUAUAUUGAAAAGAAUUUUAUCAAUAAUAACAUAUACAUUAAUAAGCAAAUAAUUACUUCUAAUACUAAAAAUAAUAAAUUGAAUGAAACUAGUGAGGAUGACAUAAUGUAUGAUAAUAAUUUUAGUAUAAUUCAUUUAAAGCAAGAUAUAAUAUAUUUAAAAAAAAAUUAUCUCAAAAUAAUUUUAAAUGUAUUAAUAAAUAACAUUUCUUCUUUUUAUGAAAUCAAAGCAGCAAUUAUAUUAUUAAAAUUUUUUAUCUCUAUUGAAGAUAGUUGUAAAGUUUUUCCAAGUUUAUAUCCACUUUCACUAAUUAAUGCAUUAAUACAAAAGUUCAGAUUGAAAAUACAUAAAAAAAAUAGAAAAAAAGAUGAUAUUAGUAACGUUAACUUAGAAUAUAAUUCAAAAAAGUUGCCUUUUAAUUAUCUUUUUAUAUGUGAUGGUAAAAAUUAUUUAUGCAUAAAUGACGAUUCUUUAAAAAGUAAAACAUAUAAAAGUAAAAUUAAACUAAACAAUUUAAUUGGUUAUUACCAUUAUAUCAAUUUAAAUAGAUUAACAUAUUACCUUGAAAAAACAAACGACAAUAUAACCAUUCAGUAA